AUGGGUAACCCAAGCGCAAAGAGAAAGAGGCCAGAGGGCAUGGGCUAUCGCAAGCCCAAGAAGACCGUCAAGAAGUUCAAGAAGCAAAAGGCCUACCACAGUGACAGCGAAGAAGACGAUGUCCAAUCCACAAACACCGCAACCGACUUUCAGCCCGUCAACAUGGAUGACUCGGAUGAGGAAGUCGAAGAUGCUCCUGCUGCUUCCUCUGCGCCUGUUCCCACUCCUGCACCUGUUGUCGAGAAGAAGGUCACACCCAAGCCCGCUGCACCUGCAAAAUCAGAGCCCGCACCCGCCGCAGUACAACCCAAACUCAAGUCGGCCUUGAAACAAUCCAAGAAGGUCGACCCGCCGUCAGAAAGCGAAGAUGACGACGAGGAAGAAGACGACCAAGUCGAGGAUCUCGAUGCGCUGGACGACGAGGACCUCGACGACUCUGAUCUCGAAGACGACGACGAACUCGACCUAAGCGACGACGAAGACGGCGAAGGAAGACAGAGAAAGACACGCAAGCGCAACGAUCCCACCGCUUUCGCUACAUCCAUGUCCAAAAUCCUGGGCACCAAACUGACCACUUCCAAACGACAAGAUCCUGUGUUGUCGAGGAGUGCGGCUGCAACUGCUGCUUCCAAGGAAUUGGCUGAUCAGAAGCUGGAGUUGAAGGCAAAGAGAAAGCUGCAUGCUGAGAAGAGGGAGGCCUUGGAGAAGGGUCGUGUCAAGGACGUUUUGGGUUUGAACACGCCCGAGGUCAGCACUGCUGAGAUUCAAGAGACGGAGAGGAGGUUGCAANAGACUGCUCAACGUGGUGUUGUCAAGCUCUUCAAUGCUGUCAGAGCCGCUCAGGUGCAAGGAGAACAGGCUAGAAGCGAAGCAAAGAAGGAGGGUGUGGUUGGUAUCUCGCAGAGAGAUGAGAGAGUCAGUGAGAUGUCAAAGAAGGGUUUCCUCGACCUCAUUGCUACCGGAGGAAAGAAGCCUGCUGCUGUAGAGGCUUAG